CAUGUUGAUCUAUUGUAAGUAAAAUCUAUAAGAUUACAUCAAGAUCACAACCAUCAUUCAACGGUCAACCUAACAAGGCAAUCAACUAAAUACAAAGAUUGCCAUCAUGGCGGGACCUUCCCAGUUACCGGAUUUACCGUUAUUCUUCGGAAAUGAUUCACCUUUUCCCCCAAUGGCUGCAACACCAAGGCAAGUUUCAGGUGGAAGUCAAUUUCAUCAACAACCAUCUCAACAGCCAAAGCUAAAUCCAAAUGCUCCACCAUUACCACCUUCACGCAAUGAAGCAUUACAACGUGAACAGCAAUAUCGAAGACAACAAGCAGCACAACAAUUUCACAAUCAACAAAGACCACCACCACCACCUCAAUCAGGAUAUCCACAAUAUGGCAACGGACCGGGAAUGAUGAUGCCCAGACCUCAGCAUAUGGCUCCACCCGUACAGCCUAUGCCACAAAAUCACAUGUCCGCUGGACCGGGAAGAAGCAUCACACCGAGACCACAAGCGAUGAUGAAUGCGCAACCACUAAGUCCAAAGAUGAACCAUAAUCCGCCGCCUCAUCAACAGUCAUUUGCGCCUGCACAGUUUGCGCCAUCUAGACCGAUGCCAAUGCCAAGUCCUGCUCCACAACGAUCUCUCUCGCCUGCUCCGCCAUCGAACAAUCUAUCAAGCUCGAUGAAUUCAAUGCAUUUGGACAACUCCAGGGCUCAGCCUGCACCUCCUCCACCAAGACAAAGGCAACAGAGCGAUCAUGGAUCUAUUCAGCCACAACCUGCGGGCACUCGAGAUUCUAUUUCAAGUGCAUCAGGAAGCAACUCAGAUCCUUCAAGCUUGAAUGUAGUUCUACCCGAUCUGGACGAAUUGACACGUAGACGGGAUAUAGCAUUUGCAAGUCAAGAUGAACGUCAAAAAGCUGCAUGGUGCAAAGAAGUGUUUAAGUUUGUAGAACGUAAAUUGGACGCACAACGUAUCAGCGAUCCUGCUCUGAUUCAAUUGAUCGAUCAGGCAAUGAAUGUGAUCAAUCGCGCGGCCAAUUCACAACCUCCCUUGGCAGACGCAUUGUACCUAAGAGGUGAUCUCUUAGCAUCUGGAUCUUUCCCCUCUUAUCAUCCCAAGGAUUUGCGUGCUGCAUUCAAUGAUUUCGAGUUGUCUGCACGUAUGGGAUAUGCGCCAAGCUGGUUCAGAAUCGGUAGGGAUUAUGAAGUUUUGGGCGAUAUGACAAGGGCCAGGGAUGCAUAUGAAAGAGGAUGUAGCGUGCAGGAUAUCGGUUGUAUUUACCGAAUGGGAAUGGCAAACCUUCUCGGACAGCUUGAGCUCGGAGCAGACCACUCUCGUGCUAUACCUUUAUUGAAAGAGGCUGCUGAUCUUGCCAAUUUGGAUUCGCCACAGCCUAGCUACGUUUUCGGUAUGUUAUUGGCGGGCGAGUUUAGUCAUGUGAAAGUUUCCCACGAACUUUUGGACUCUGCUGUGGAUCCGCAAAAACGCAAUCAGCCAGGCAGUCGUGAACAAGAAGCCAGAAAACGUAUUCAACGAGCAGCUUAUCUCAAUUUCGCACCUGCUCAAUACCGAAUGGGCUGGCUUCAUGAAUAUGCUCAAUUGGAGUGCGCUUUUGAUCCUUUACUUUCGGUGCAAUACUACAGUCUGGCAUCGCAGGGUGGUGAGGUAGAAGCAGAUUUAGCAUUGAGCAAAUGGUUCUUAUGCGGAGCAGAGAAUUGUUUCGAUAAGAAUGAAUCACUCGCCUUUACGUUUGCAGACAAAGCAGCCGCAAAAGGAUUACCGACUGCUGAAUUUGCAAUGGCGUAUUAUUUCGAGAUCGGUGUUGGAUGUGAGAAAGACUUAGACGUAGCACGAAAGUGGUACAAGAGAGCCGCUUCGCAUGGCAAUAAAGAUGCACAAGAUCGUUUGGAUGCCUUGGCCGGACCUGAACCUAAUGCACUUUCAAGAACGCAACACGAAGCGCACAUCGAUACCAAGUUACAGAGAAAACGUACAGAAGCGAAGAUGCUGUCCGAUCGUCGAUCACAAGUUUCUAAUGCCAAAGGCCAAAAUGUUAAGCCACCUCCAAUGCCACAACCACAAAGCACUCCUGCACCCGCCCAGCAGCGUCCAACACAACCUCCUUCGAGAGAUCUUAGAAGAAAGCAAACGAUGAGGAUGGUCGAAGAGGUUGUGGCCAAUCGUCGUCCGAUGCCCGUACCGGAAAGCAGAGGAACUACACCUGCACCUUCAUCUGGCUUUAAUUCUACAGCAGCAUCUACGCCGCCUGUGAAUGCUUCGCCAAAUAGGGUCAACAAUGCAGUAAGACCUGCGAGACCACCACCCGGAAAAACAAUGUCAAACCAAAUGCCAGUACCCAAUGGUCCGCCUAGAAGAGGUUCUGGAACACCUCAACCCAUUCGUCCAUUACAAGCACAAGGAACAGGUUCAUCACCGCAAAAGCCGAUGAAUUAUAGCACACCACCACCAAACAAAGCCAACAUCCCAGUCAAGUCAACCGGAACGAUGGGACCCGACAAGAAAGUUUACGAAACUUUUGGUGAAAUGGGUUUCGCUUCUCAAGCAUCCAAAGAUGAUAAAGACUGCGUAAUUUGUUGAGACUAUGGAUACCGAAUUUUAAUAGAGGAAAUUGUAUUAUCAUCAUCAUCAUAUAUCAUUAUAUCAAUUGCACACACACAUGAUUUACC